AUGGCGCCCACCUGCAGCCGGCAAAGGCCAGAUGGACCUCGCUUGAUCUAUGUGACCCGCUUCGCCUCGCACCGCCAUGGCGUGUGGCAGUUGAGGGGCCUCCGCGGUUUCGGCCGUCGAGGCCCAGGGCUCGGGGCUCACGGCUCCCUAAAGCAAGCAGCGGAGGAGCCCGGGCUCCCGGGAGGAGAGCGGCCCACCGGCUCCCAGGCCGGGGUCACCGACACCCCGGAUUCAGCCUCUUUCCAGCGGAGGUCGAGAGCGCCCAGGGGCCAGGAGCAAGCGGCGCGAGCAGGUUUGAACCAGAAAAAUGCAGCUAAAGAGUUUGAUUUCCCCAUACCACUGAAGGAAGCCUCCAAACUAAUGAAGGAGAGGAAAAAGGCCUCCGUGUGGAACAAAGUACACCAAGUCAUUUCCAGGAUGAUUGCAGAAAACGAAAACUACAGACACAGACUGAAGUGCCAAAAUUUAUCUAGUGAAUUAAAUGCCUAUCAACAAGCCAAUUGGACAAACUCAUCUGCCCAAAUUUACAUCCUAGAAUAUGGAAGGGUUGUGGCCAUGCAUGAGAAACAGCAGGUGGUGCCAGAUGACAGGUGGUGUGGGAACCGUCCCCGGUGGGAGGCGCGAGCAGGCGAGCAGGCUGGCAGCUGCCAGAUCGUCUCUGCGCGCUGGCGCCUCGGUCUCAGAAGCUCCGGAUCCAGGCACGCGAGGGCUGCUUUUUCAGCACCACGCUCUCUGGCUGAGGAGGGAGGACUCCUGUUUGUCCUCCUCCUCUACAUAUUGGCUUGA